GUCUUUUGAACUGCAUUCGAGGCAAUUAGAGGCUGGGAUUAAAAAAACACCUAACACCAGCAUCCUCAGCAGCGAGGGUUAUUAUCCUGGUUGGCUGGGGCAUGCAGCUGUGGUGAGGCCAGGUUGUCCCACUGUGCACAUCUCCCUGCUCUUCGCAGUCAGGUCCAGCAGGGAGGCACAGCAGCAGUAAUGGCAGCCCUGAGGUGGCUUUUCUGGGCUGGGCUGGGAUGCCUGACCUGCUGCUGUCCCGCACAGGCACAGUUUCCCCGUGCCUGCAUGACGGUGGAAGCCCUUCGCCUGAAACGCUGCUGCCCGGCCCUGGGGACAGAGCCAGGCAAUAUCUGCGGGUCCCUGCAGGGCAGGGGACGGUGUGAGGGGGUGCAGACAGACACUCAGCCCUGGAGUGGCCCCUACACUCUCCAAAAUGUGGAUGACCGUGAGCGGUGGCCCCUCAAGUUCUUCAAUCACAGCUGUCGCUGCGCAGGAAACUUUGGUGGGUACAACUGUGGUGAAUGCAAGUUUGGCUGGACUGGCCCCGAAUGCAACAGGAGGAAGCCAGCAGUUGUCAGGAAGGACAUCCACUCCCUGACAGCAGAGGAGAGAGAGCAGUUCUUUGAUGCUCUAGACCGUGCCAAGACAACCAUUCACCCGGACUAUGUCAUUGCAACUCAGCACUGGAGAAGUCUGCUUGGUCCAAGCGGACAGGAACCACAGAUUGCCAACUGCAGUAUCUAUAACUACUUUGUUUGGCUUCAUUACUACUCAGUCAGAGACACACUCUUGGGUCCUGGCCGCCCCUUCAAAGGCAUUGAUUUCUCCCACCAAGGGCCUGCCUUCGUUACUUGGCAUAGGUACCACUUGCUGUGGCUGGAGAGAGAAUUGCAGCGCUUGACGGGCAACGAGUCCUUUGCGCUGCCAUACUGGAACUUCGCCACGGGCAGGAACGAGUGUGACAUCUGCACGGACCAGCUCUUUGGGGCAUCGCGGCCCGACGACCCGGGCCUGAUCAACCUGAGCUCCAGGUUCUCCCGGUGGCAAGUAGUUUGUAACAGUUUGGAUGACUACAACCGCCUGGUCACGCUGUGCAAUGGCACUGAUGAGGGGCCGCUGCGGCGGAGGCCGCCCCGCGGCUCCAGCGAGCAGCUACCCACCGUGGAAGAUGUCAGGAGGUGCCUUUCCCUGCAGGAGUUCGACAGACCCCCCUUUUUCCGCAAUUCCAGUUUCAGUUUCAGGAAUGCGCUGGAGGGCUUUGAUAAACCAGAUGGAGCCCUUGACUCGCCGAUGCUGAGCCUUCAUAAUCUGGUUCACUCUUUCCUGAAUGGGACCAGUGCUCUCCCUCACGCAGCUGCCAAUGAUCCCAUCUUUGUGGUUCUUCACUCCUUUACUGAUGCCAUCUUUGAUGAGUGGAUGAAGCGUUUCAAGCCCCCUGACAACGCUUGGCCCGAGGAGCUGGCCCCCAUCGGGCACAACCGGCUGUAUAACAUGGUCCCCUUUUUCCCCCCGGUGACCAACGACGAGCUCUUCCAGACUGCGGAGCAGCUCGGCUACACCUAUGCCAUCGACCUGCCAGGUUCCCUUGAUGAAACCCAAGCAUGGGCUGUCAUGGUUGGAUCCACAAUUGGAGGAGCACUUAUAGCUCUGGCCGUGCUUGUUCUGCUGCUUGUACUUUUCCAGCACCGAAGGCACAGAAGAGGUUUUGAGCCCCUGAUGAAUGUGAGCUUCAGCCCCAAGAAGUACAUGGGAGAGGCCUAGUGCCUUCACUUUCUUUGCUUGCUCUUGUAGGAAGUGACCUUGAUUGCCUUACUGGUAUCUUAGCUGAGACUUUAUCAUGCACUCCUUUGACAGCU